AUGGCACCGGGGGAUGAACUCGGGUCCCUGUGCUUGCCAGACCUGGUGCCCCUGGGGGCCUUCAGUGUGGACGUGGCCCACCCCUGGGUCACGCGGGAGGAAGACACCCCUUUUGUGCUCAGCUCUCUUCUGCACCACGACCCCAGCACCAACCAGACCUGGCUCCUGGUCACCAGCCCUAGAAGCAGCAGCACAUCAGCACCCCUGCAUCGAUGUUCUCUUGCCCAGGAUGAAAUCCUUUGCCAACCUGUGGAACAUGUCUUCAUCCCAAAGGGGAGGUACCAGGGAGUGACCGCUGUCCGGAACCACCACGGUGUCUUGAUAUGCGUUCAGGUGCAGGCCCGGCAGCCACACAGCCUCAGCUCAGAACUCACAGGUGCCUGCAGCCUCCUAGCCCCUGAUUUGCACCCCCGGGCCCAGGUCAACUUCUCUGACCUUGAAAAUCUCCUGGAUCCACAUAUGUAUGUGGAUGCUGAUGACUGCAGUAAGAACAAAGGAGGAAGCACAGGGGAGGAGGAGAACAGGGCAAGGAAGCCCAGGGCUCUGGAGAAGGUGGAUGAGGAGGAAGAAGAAGAGGACGCUGGUACCGAGAUCGCCAUCAUCUUGGAUGGCUCAGGAAGCAUCGAUCCUCCAGACUUCCAGAGAGCUAAAGAAUUCAUCUCCAACAUGAUGGAAAAGUUCUAUGACAAAUGUUUUGAGUGCAGCUUUGCCCUGGUGCAAUAUGGAGCAGUGAUCCAGACUGAAUUCGACCUUCGAGACAGCCAGGACGUGAACGCCUCGCUUGCCAGAGUGCAGAACAUAAUUCAAGUGGGGAACGUCACCAAGACAGCCUCAGCCAUGCAGCACGUCCUAGACAACAUCUUCACGCCAAGCCGAGGCUCCAGAAAAAAGGCAUCCAAGGUCAUGGUGGUGCUCACGGAUGGUGACAUAUUUGAAGACCCCCUCGACCUCACGACUGUCAUCAACUCACCAAAGAUGCAGGGUGUUGAGCGCUUUGCCAUUGGGGUGGGAAAUGCGUUCCAGAGUGCUAAGACCGACAGGGAACUGAAGCAGAUCGCCUCGAGUCCCAGUGAGACCCACGCCUUCAAGGUGACUAACUACGCAGCGCUGAACGGGCUGCUGAGUAAGCUGCAGCAGAACAUCAUCCACACGGAAGGCACCGUGGGAGAGGCCCUUCGCUACCAGCUGGCACAGACCGGCUUCAGCGCCCAGAUCCUGGAUGAGGGUCAGGUGCUCCUUGGUGCUGUCGGGGCAUUUAACUGGUCUGGAGGCGCACUGCUCUACAACACGCGGUGCCACCGGGGUCACUUCCUAAACCAGAGUGCAGCAGAUAUGGGAGCGGCACAGUACAGCUACCUGGGUUACUCGGUGGCAGUGCUGCGCAAGGCUAAUGGUGUCUCCUACAUCGCGGGGGCUCCACGGUACCGGCAACAUGGGGCUGUGUUUGAGCUCCAACCAGAAAGCAGAGAAGCCACCUUCCGGCGGGUGCUGGAAGGAGAGCAGCUGGGGUCCUACUUUGGUUCUGAACUGUGCCCUGUGGACAUCGACAUGGAUGGGACCUCAGACAUUUUGUUGUUGGCCGCUCCAUUCUACCACAUCCGUGGAGAAGAAGGCAGAGUCUACGUGUACCGUUUGCAUGAGCAGGAUGCUUCUUUCUCCUUGGCACACAUGCUGAGUGGAAAAUCCAGGUUCGCUAAUGCCCGCUUUGGCUUUGCCAUGGCGGCUGUGGGGGAUAUCAGUCAGGAUAAGUUCACAGAUGUGGCCAUCGGGGCUCCUCUGGAGGGUUUGGAGGUGGAUGACGGGGCCAGCUUCGGCAGUGUGUACAUCUACAACGGACACCACGACGGCCUCUCUGCCAGCCCCUCACAGUGGAUCAGAGCCUCUGCUGUGGCCUCAAGACUCCGCUACUUUGGUGUGUCUGUGGCUGGUGGCUUAGAUUUCAGUGGCGAUGGCCUUGCUGACAUCACGGUGGCAGCGCUGGGCCGAGCAACCGUGCUCCGCUCACAACCUGUGGUUCGCCUGAAGGUGUCCCUGACCUUCACCCCCAGUGCACUGCCUGUUGGUUUCAAUGGCAGGGUGAAUGGACAUUUGUGCUUUGAACUGAGUUCCACAACUGCAGCAGCUGAGUCAGGCCUCAGAGAGAUGUCACUCAACUUCACAGUAGAUGUGGAUGUGGCAAAGUCCAGGAAAAGGCUGCAGUGUGUGCAUACGACGGACUGUCUGAGUCACCACCAGGAGUGGAGGGGUGGGCACCGCCUUUGCAAGAACCUCCAGUUUGUCUCCACAGAGGGAGAGCUGGCCCUGCAGCUCUGUGAGGAAGACUGCUUCUCCAACAUCAAUGUCAAGGUCGAUUACCGGCUCCAAGCUCCUGAGGGAUGUGGGCAGCACCUCUGCCCCACCCUGGACACCUACCCCAAGCCCUCUGCCAUAUUCCAGCUGCCCUACGAGAAGGCCUGCAAGAAUAAGCUGUUUUGCAUCGCUGAGUUACAGCUGGCCACCACCAUGUCUCAACAGGAAUUGGUGGUAGGUCUCACCAAGGAACUGACCAUGAACAUUAGCCUAACUAACUCUGGGGAAGAUUCCUACAUGACAAGCAUGGCUUUGAAUUAUCCCAGAAAUCUGCUGUUGAAGAGGCUACAAAAGGUAAACAUGUCAGUAGUUUGGCAGCUGGAAGAGAAUAUCUUUCCAAAUAGAACAGCAGACAUCACUGUGACCAUCAGCAAUUCUGAUGGGAAAUCUUUGGCCAGAGAGACCCAUAACCUUCAAUUCCGGCAUGCCUUCACUGCAGUUCUUUCCAAACCAUCAGUGAUGUAUAUGAACAUAAGCCAGCAGCUUUCUGACCAUAAAGAAUUCCUUUUCAAUAUACAUGGAGAAAAUCUAUUUGAAGUCCAAUUCCAGUUGCAAAUUUGUGUACCAAUCAAAUUACAAGGUUUCCAGGUUAUAAGAGUGAAGAACCUGACAACGACUCAGGCCAACACUGUGUGCACCCAGAGUCAGGAGCGUGCGUGUGGGAGCUAUUCGGUUCAGUAUGUGGAAGAGUGGCACUCAGUGAACUGUAAUAACAUCAGUUCGGAUCAGGAAAAUGUCACCGUGGCUGCAGAGAUCUCCUUGGGUCGCUCAGAGCAGUUGCUAAGAGAUAUAACUGAGCUACAGGUCCUUGGUGAAAUCUCCUUCAACAAAACUCUAUAUGAGGGGCUGAACGCAGAGAACCACAGAACUAAGAUCACAGUCAUCUUGCUGAAAGAUGAAGUAUACCAUUCUUUGCCUCUCAUCAUUGGAAGCAGCGUAGGUGGCCUUCUGGUUUUGAUUGUUAUUAUAAUCAUCCUAUUCAAGUGUGGCUUUUUCAAAAGAAAAUAUCAACAGCUGAACUUGGAGAGCAUCAGGAGGGCCCAGCUGAAAGCAGACGAUCUGCUCACAGAAGAAAAUUAGGAGCUGCAUCUUUAUCCGUUGGGAUCUUUGAACUUCUAGAAGCUUGGUGCUGUCCUGGUUACCUUGUCCUUAGGAUGAUCAAAAGCAGCAUUGACUGAAUUAUGGAAUAAUGUUUUUAAUCAUACAUUGUCCUAGAAGUAUCUGUACAUUGUCAAAAAUGAAACUUGGGAAACAUUUGUUAUUAAAAUAAGUGGUUUUCUUUACACUUGUGCCUCAAGUAUGCAGAUAGUCUUUAUGCAGUAAUUGCAGUAAAUUUGAUGACUGAUAGGCCACAUUUUCAUUCUAAUAUUUUUAAAAAUUGAUUGUAUUCCUUCAGAUGUAUUUUAGUAUCAAUUUUCCAGAUAUCCACAAGAAACCAUUUGGGGUUCAAGUGUACAAGUUAAAUUGG